AAUGCAGCCGGCACCAGCUACCCCUGGUUCUCCAGCACGAUCAUCCUGUUGCGAAAGGGAACGCGAGAGAGAAGUGCACGAGGAUCGCGAGAGAGAUCGUAGCAGACUCGGCAGACAGAAUCGUGGAACUCCUGAAGAAGAUCGCGAGGAACAGAACGAGGAUAGGAUGGUGGUAUCUGGACAGAGUCUCCCUGGUGCUAUGACGGUCAGCGGGAAUCAAGGAUUACCUCUCUCGUUGUCGCUCGAGGAUAGAGAUCUAUGGACCAAGUUUCAGUGUCUCACCAAUGAAAUGAUUGUUACAAAAAACGGAAGACGAAUGUUCCCGGUUGUCAAAGUAGUCGCGCGAGGUCUGGAACCGAAGGCAAUGUACACCCUUCUUCUGGAAUUCGUCCAGGUGGAUCCGCACAGAUGGAAAUACGUGAACGGUGAAUGGGUACCAGGCGGGAAAGCAGAGGUAGCGCCUCCAAAUCCGAUUUACAUACACCCGGAGAGCCCAAAUUUCGGUUCCCAUUGGAUGAAGGAAGCAGUGUCGUUCGCCAAAGUGAAGUUGACGAAUAAAUCAAACGGAAACGGGCAGAUUAUGUUGAACUCGUUGCACAAAUACGAGCCUCGUGUUCAUCUCGUUCGGGUCGAUGCUGUGGAACAGAGAACGGUGCUCACUUACCGUUAUCCCGAGACACAAUUCAUAGCAGUGACAGCUUACCAGAACGAAGAAGUCACAAAUUUGAAGAUUAAAUACAAUCCUUUCGCUAAAGCCUUCCUAGACGCUAAGGAGAGACCCGCUGAUCCGCAGACGUAUCCUCAAUACACUGGGGCUUGGUUUUUGCCACAAGCUACAAUGGGAUACGAAUACAACACCGCCAUAGCGGCUGCCCAAAAUCAGGCAUCGGUGACGGUGAAUAAUCAUCUCUCUAAUCCCUGCACCGUUUCAACAGCUGGCCACAGGAAUACCUGUAGAUCAACCCCGUAUACACUGAGACAUAAAUACAUUCAAGAUGAAGAAUGCGCGGAUCCAUACAGUUCAGUACAACUCUUGCAUUCCACAGCGUACGUAGCAACGCCAGGAUGGUCGCCGCGAAGUCCAGAAUCCUUGCAAAACUUGAAUCCAGCUUGUUUACCGCCUUCCCAAGAAUGGCCGAGCUCACCGUCGCCGUCGCCAACCUCGUCGUCGCACUCGGUGUUCAGCAGAGGUGUCGUCGGUACCUCGUCCCCGACCACCGCCACAGGAUGUACUCUAUACGUACCCUCUAAUUUAUCUUCUGUUCCUCAAGAGCACGCUCACUGCACCGACACCUCGGCUUGGAUCCAUCCUACAGCUCUCUCGGAACAGCAACAGCAACAGCAACAAUCUUACUUGAAUUUAAAUUUACAUUUGCAUCAUCAGAUGUCAUCGUACACGUCGGUCCCGCACACGGGGCUGCAUCAUUCCUUGCAUCCAAAUGGCACGGAUACAGUUCCUCCGGUCGACGAAUACGUUCACGAGUACCACGCUUCGCCUGUUCAAUCGACCACUCCUGAUCGUCAUCCUCAACAUCAUCACUCUCAGAUGUUGCAUCUGCAACCGAUUCAACAGACUGGAACGGUAUCUCCCGUUAGCGUCGAGUACGACGCUCCUUCGAAGGAUCAUCAUAUCACCGUUAGUUAUUCUGAUCAAAAUGCGGAUACAUUGAACGAUGUGCAAAAUGAUGAGAAUAGAAGAUAUAUGACUACGGUCAUUGAUAGACAUCAUCGACAGGACUCGGAUAUUGCGGGUAACGAUCAUCAAACGACUGCUUGGACGCCGUUGACACCACCGCCUGCCCCCCAAACUACGGCAAUUUGAUUGAAGUAUGUUAUUCAAUUGGUUUUGUUUAAGGUAUAGAGAUGAUACUUGAUUUAUAUACAUUUUAUCUUCAUAGUUAGGUGAUUGCAUAUCGAGUUGCAGUACCCACUUGAGUGCAAUAGAAACGAUACGUGGGGGAGUAAUUAAGAUGAAUAAUUGAUAAAUUGAUAAUGAAAUAUUUUGGCAAUAUACGUACGUGAAUUUCUCAGAUUAAAUCCGUCCCAAGAUCGUGUCUUAAUAUUUUUUAGAUGAUAUGUAUUAAG